UAAUAAACCACAGUCGCCAUACGAUAUCUCACGAUCAUCUCCACUCGCCGCUGAAAAGAGGUGCCACCUUAACAGUGCUUUCCCGUUUUUCCUUUGUUUUGUAGCAUUUUCAAAUUUGGUUCACAACAAAAACAAUUCAUUCAAGAUGUCUAGCGAGGUACUACUCAAAGUUCGCGAGCGAAUGCAAAAACUCAAAGACAAAAUCGACGACGCCGAGGAACGGGAGCAUAAUGCCAAAACGAGUAUGAAAGAGGUGGAAGCCACUUACAACCAGCAUGAGUCUGACAUCGACUCGAUGAAAAAGAGAAUUUCACUUCUUCAGAAAGAGCUGGACGAGAAGAAAGUCCUAUUGGAGGAAAGGAAAAUGAAGAGUGAAGAAUACGAGGAAAAGUGUGUGCAGGAGAGUGAAGUGGUGCGAACCCUGGAGAGCGUCGAGAUCGACGAAGACGAGAGAAUACACCAGAUUGAGACAGAUCUAGCCGAGACGACAGUAAGAGCCGACACCAUGGAGCUACAAAGCACGGAACUCAAGCAAAAACUUGGGCAGUUGGAAAACGAAAUUCAAAAGGCAAACGAACGCGAGGGUGCCGCUUUGCAGAAAAUCGAUAAUUUGCAAGAGCGCGUCAACCAAGCUGGGGAAAAUCUGCGAGAUCUGGAACAGAAGGAUGAGGACGCAAGCGAGCGUGAGCAAGAAAACGAAGAGAAGGUAUCAUUCCUGGAGAGCCAAGUCAAGGAAAUGUCGGCGGGUGCGGAAGAUGAGGAGAGAAAAAUACCACCAUUAGAACGUGUAAUCGAUCAGAUGACUGCAGAAUUAGAAGAAUGGAAAAAGAAGGCGAGCGAUAUUAGGAAGGAGUUUGAUGACAUGGACCUGCUUGUCGGCGAGGGGCUGAGCGACGACGAGGACGACGACUUCGUGCCGAAGAAACAACCAGCGACGCCGGCAGCCAAGGAGGAAGACGAAGAGGACGAGGAGAAAGAAUUGGAAGACGACGACAGAGCGAGAAACGAGGACCAAGAGCGAUACGAUGACGACGAAGAAGAUGAAGACUGAUAUGAAUAUACGAAUAACGUUAUGCUAGCUAGGCAUGUCAAAUUGAGAGUCGAUGUGCGUAUAGGUUUGUUCGAAAAGGUUUUUUUUUAAGCCAUGUUUUCCAUUUCAUAACCGAAGACUUAGUUAGAAGAUACAAUGUCUUAUGGGUUCAAACGUUUAACGAAUCGGGGGAGGGAGGGUGGUGCGAAAUUGAGGAGGGAACCUCGCUAAUCAGUGAAUUCAUUACAAGCCAGUGAACCGAAAAUCUGCAAUAUUCUAGAUCAUUUGUAACAUGCCUUUUUGUUCGAUUAAAAGAAAAUUUUAUCUUU